AAAUGUCAAAUACGAUGUACUCCAAUUCAAGUCAGAUUUGGUUAGGUUAGGUUGCCGCGUAGAAAUAUAUUAAAAACAUGGAUUUGACAUUAUUAAAAAGUAAAUUUCGCGGUGCGAUGCUGGGCGUUUUGGUCGGAGAUAUUCUUGGAAGUCCAUACGAGGGUAAAAAAGUUGUGUCGGCCCGCAAAAAAAUUGCCUUACAACGAAGACUCGAUGCAUUGGAGGGAACAAGAUUCAGAGAACCUGUCAUGGAGUUUACAGAUGACUCGGCAAUGACCCGUUCUAUAGCUGAGUCCUUGAUUGAAAAACGAGAUUUGGACAUUGUUGAUGUAGCAAAACGAUUUGUGGAAAGUUAUUAUCAAGAGCCCUAUCGUGGUUAUGGAACUGGUAGUAUAAAUGUACUUAAGAAAUUAAGAAAAUUAAAGAAUAACAAAAUUGACCCAGGAAUCGAUGUCAAAGGUCCAGCAAAGACUAUAUUUGAUGGUCGAGGUUCUUAUGGUAAUGGUGGUGCAAUGAGGAUUGCACCUGUAUCAUUGUUUUCAUAUAACAAUUAUGAUAAACUUUUAUAUUAUGUGAAAGAAGUGACACAAAUUACACAUGUACAUGAGUUGGGGAUAAAUGGUGCUUUAUUACAAGCUAUAGCAAUUCAACAAAGUCUAUGCUUACAUCCCAAUGAAGAAUUAAACGUUUCUAAUUUUAUCAAUGAUCUUAUAAAUAAAAUAGACAAAAUUGAGGUUGGUGAAAGCCAACCAUAUAAAGAACGAUUAAUAAUAGUAAAGAAUCUACUUUCCGAAAUUGGAGAAGAGCCUAAUGAACAGAGAAUAGUUAAAGAAUUGGGUGCUAAUGUCAGAGCUUUGGAAUCAGUCCCUACUGCAAUCUUUUGUUUUUUAAAAGCACAAAAACGUAUAAAAAGAAUACGAACUAAUAAUCCUGUUAGAAGAGCAAUGCAAUAUGCUAUUACUUUGGGAGGCGAUACAGACACAAUUGCUAGUAUGACCGGCGCAAUAGCAGGUGCUUUUUAUGGCUAUGAAAAAUUCAGUCGACUGCUUUUAACACAUUGCGAACAAGCAGAUCGAUUUGAAGAAUUAGCUGAUGAAUUAUUGGAUGUAGUAACAUCUAGGACACAUAAAUAAGUAAAUAUUAUACAUAAAAAAAUUAUAUAUAAAAAGAUCAAGU